GGUGCUGGGGUGGAUGUCAAAUAGCUAACAAAAUAUUGGGACAUAUUUUGUAUUGGAGAAUGCAGCUAUGGAAAGAAUGGAGUUCAUGGAAAGGAUAUAAUCAGCACUCAAUAUAAGACCUUGAUAACCAAGUAUGGAAGGAAACUUCUCAAAUCCUGGAUAUUUCUCUAUCGAUAUUUUUGAAGAGGGAAGAAGAGAAAUUAUUAAAUGGAGCGAAAAAAGAAGAUCAAGACGAACAGGUGUUCAUGGAACGUUGUAUAAAAUUACAAAACUAUUCAUAACGAGAUCGCUUGUUCGAAGUUUCAUGCAUAAUCUGAGUGUUGUAGUUGCAUUUCAAAUGAUAUUAGCAGCAAUAUGUACAUAUUCCUGUGUAAAAUUAGGAUUGGAAAUGGAUGUUCAUAUGAGUUUGUUUGUCUCUCCAAUUGUCUUUCCACUGGCUUUCUCUAUAAAUGCAAACUAUCAACGUCGUGAAUCAGUGUUGGAGGACUUGGCUAUGUUCAAAUCAUCCUCUUCGAUAUUGUUUUUUUGCCACAGAGAUUGGAUCAAAGCUGCAGAGCUUCCCAUUGAUUUGUUAAAAACCUUGUCAAAUAAGCUGAAGUUCCUUGUGAUUAAUAUUCGAGAAUAUUUAUUAACAGAAGAUGUUGAGAAAAGAAAGUACAUACUUCAGGCAAUUUAUGAAGAUCUUAGUGAUAUAGCGCAACUGAAUGAUAAAAUACGGACUUCUCGUAUGAAAAGUAGCUCACCAUUAUGUGCGCGUAUCAUUCACUGUCAUAAUCUAAUGUGCUGGUCGUUUGAAAGACUCCGGGUGAUCCGUGAAUACAACUCGCCUCGGUCCUUACGAGCUUUUACCAAAGUAUUCAUCUUCCUAAUGCCGCUUCUGCUGUCUCCAUAUUAUGUGUUCAGUGGUCGUCAAACUAAGAGCUCAUGGACUCCAUAUUUCAUCAGUGUAAUGGUCUCGUUCCUAUUUGGUUCACUACAAUCUGUGCAGGAUAAACUUGAUGAUCCUUUUGAUGGUAUUGGGGAAGACGAUGUGAAACUGGGCCAGCUUGAUGAUUGGACAACUCAAUCCCUUCUUACGAACAGAACUGUGACAGUCGGACGUUUUACUGUCACGACAACAACAGCUCAAGCAGAGCAAAGCAGAAAUACUUCACCAGUUCCACCUGUAGAUCAACAUGAUGAACCUGGAACUCCAAAGAGGACUCGUCACGCAAGCCUCAUUGAUGUCGGAUCACCAAAAGGUCUUCGCCGAAUCCUCUCCCGAAAGAGCGAACGUCGUAUAGGUCGAAGACCCACUUCAGUUGGAUUAGGCGAGUCUGAAUUCACAGAUCAACUUGAGGCUCGUUGUCAUGGUAUUGCCUCAAAACUAGAGGGACUGUCUGGCACGAGUAUUAUACUCCCGGGGAAAAGGACUCCCUAUGUUCCGUAUGAAUAUCAAGGAUCAAAACCUAUUGAAGAAGAAACGCAAGAAACUUUUCGACCUGGCGAAGAUCACUUAUUUGAUCCUGUUAACGGUAAUGCUGGAAGCGAGAUCAAAAAGGAAUCUGAUUUUCAUGGAGACGGUCUGCUUGCCGUAGUAAGAGAAAGGGAGGAAGAGGUGUCUGACACAACGAGCACAUCUGACAUUUCACCAGUUUCUGAGAAAUUGAUUUCGAUGAAAUCUGAUGCAGUGGUUAGACCUGAUGAUUCCAAGGAAAAACGACCAACAAUACUGGGUCUCUUCUCUGCUCCUGAGGAAAACCUCCAGAGUCAGGUAAGGGACCAUAUUUCUGUUAUACCCGAAGAGUCGUCUGACACUGAGGAAGAUUCCUCGCGUAAGGUCGAGAUUCUCUCGGCGAAAACGGUCGUAUUGGGAACCAGCCCUUCUAAGAAACAGUCGGUGUUCUUAGACAAUGCUCCCGCGUCUCAAAUUGAGGCGGAAAGCGGCCCCGGAACUCUGCAAACUUCAUCUAGUACUCGUGAAGUGGAGGAAACUGCUGAGGCUACCACAAGUGAAGAUGGCAGCUCUGAAGCGAGAAAGGAUGAUGCAACCACUGAGAAAGACGUGUUACCAAGACUACGAUUUUGUUUACCAGGAAAACAUGCAGCAAGGAGUGAGAAAGGAAAGUUGUGGGGACGAAAGCAUAAGAAGAAACGCCCUCCUAAAGGGGAGGGUAAAGCAGACAUUGAACUACAAGGUACAACAUCAAUGUCUCCUUUGUUACCACUUCACUCCAGUGACAUGGAAGAAAAUGCUGACGUCUCGAAACCUCUUGUAUCCACGGAUGAAUCCGAUACGGAUCAAGUGUUUGCAGAUACAGGAUCUGGAGCAAUGGACUACGAUAAAGAAGAUUUGGAAUAUGCGAAACAUGGGGGACCUCCUAAGGAUGAACAACUUAUUGAUUCAAAUUCUACACCAGUACCCAGGGUGGAUGAAGAUGAUCCAACAGAUGACCCAACAGUUGCUGUUGGGGAAGACGAAUGGGACUUUGAUGUAUCAAGUGACAAACCAAGUAUAAAGGGAGGUGGCCAGAGUGCAACACGGACAGAAGAUGUUACAUCAUCUGGUAACCAGAGUCAACCUUCGUCAGGCACACUACUAGAUACUGCCGGCCCUCGUCCCAGCAUCAUGGACAUUUCAAGUUCCGAAAACAAACUGAUUUCUCCAGAACCUGGAGGAUCGCGAUUCUCUGUUUCCAGGAAGGCUGAUGAUUCAGAGAAUACUAAAGCUUCCAAGCCAAGGAGCUCGCGAUUUACUGUCUCUUCAUCAUAAUCUUCCCAUAGGGCCUUGUGCAGCUUUUUCUGUUUCAGAGAGUGAGGUUUUCUAGAAAAGUAGAACAUUGUUUUUUGUUUUGUUAUUUUGAGAGGUUUCCAUGAAUGCUAGUAACACGUUGAUUUCAUGCAAGAUUCCAUUAGGCAAAAUGCUUUAUUUCAUCUUGCAUCAAGGAUUAGCGCUAUAACAAUAACACUAUAGUGGAGUGAGAUAUAUUUAUUAGUAGAAAGUUCAUGAUCUAUUUUGACAGCUGUUUUUUAUGCGCAAUAUUUUUGGAAAAAAGCAUUAUCUUUGUAUAGAAAUUAUUUAUUAUUUAUCGAAAUGCAUGUGUAUUUGGUACUGCUCAAAACAAAUUAAAAAGGCAGACUAAAAUUGAGUUUGCAUUUUACAUUAUGGAGAAUUCAUU